GAGAAGGUGGAAGCGCUGGACGAAGAUGGAAGCGCGCCGCCGGACGACGAGGCCGCAGGGGCCGCCCAGGAUGCGGACGAGGAGUGCUGCUUUGUUUUUGCCCCCGGGGUGCUGUACAGUAAUGAGAACGGCAACGGGAACACCAACAACCCGGCGGAGCAGAACUACUACCUGCAAGAGGCGCGACGGGACCGGGACGGGUGCGGACACGUCAAGCGGUUCGAGAUUUUGAAAAACUGCAAUUUGUACGAGGACAAAGUUUUGUGGGACCUUUUGGGAACGCCCAUCCCGGCGAAGUACGUGGGGCGGAAGCCGAAGGGGUGCCCCGAAAACGAAUUGGAGGCCAUGCAUUGGCUCAUGCAGUCGCUGCACGAGUAUUGAGAGGAAAAAUCCCCCCUCCCCAUAUUGAAAAGGUAUGUUUCCAAAAAUUUGUGUUGCGGAUUUGAGGUCACAAAUCACAUCUGUCUUGCAAGAAGACAAGGGCAGAAGCUUCCGCCCCAUUAUGGAAGCGAUCUGUCAUGCUGUUGGGCCUAAAGGGGGGCCGUUUGCCAUGCUGAACUACUAGACCCAUCCGCCCCUACCUAGCCUGGGGAUCUGGCCGCAGUGCGUCCCUGCAAUACAAAGCUGAUUUGUGGCCACAAAUCAGCAUCACAAAUUUCCUUUCCCUGUCUGCUUCUAUUACAGUUGUGAGCGCAAAGUAUGGUCGAAAUAUAUAAGAGUGCCCGGGGAUGAAGAAAUACGCGCGAUGUUUUCGCGGUUCUGACCCUAUGCCGUUCUGGAGCCUGUGGAGGCUUGCCUCCUCAGCUAUGCUGGACAAUGGCAAUGUCGGUGCGGUUGUUUUAGCAUCACAAAUUUCCGUUUUGAUAUGGGGAGGGGGGAUUUUUCCUUACGAUAACGAGCGACAAUACCUGUUCGACCGGCUGCACUUUUGGGAAACGCACGCGGACCGCGUCGUGUCGUACGACUGGGAUGACAGGAGCGCGGGCUUGUGCUGCUUCGUCUACGUCCACAACCUGCACGCAAGGAGCGUCGUGCACGACCAUGGGAAGGGGGC